AUCGAUGUAGUAAAGAUAUAUUUGCUAGUGACUGUGUCUGUGUUUAAAUCGUGCCGUCUAAUAUAAAAGCAAAAUCUAAAUAUGUCAUUGGAUAAGUUCGAAGCAACUGAAGCUUGGCGGACAAAUUUUAAAAAAUUUUUGUUGGUUGAACGAAAGCCAGCUACGAAGAAAGUUAUCACUACGGUUGAAAGUCCACGCUACAGCUUGGAUGUUAGCAAAGAUUUGCAGGAUCUGAUAAGAGAUAGGAAAAGACAGAAGAAUCUGGGAAAAAUUGAAUGUGCUUCUGAAGAAACAGCACGAGAAAAGAUGAGUAAAUAUGUUAACAGGAAGACGUCAGGACCAAACGUGGAAAACGUGUCCAAUGAAAGCUUUGAAGCUUUAGAGAAGAUGUGUGAAAAAACUGCUUCGGAUCCAAAUAGCACAUUAUUCCGUUACUUACAGCAAAAUGAGGAAUUGAAACAAGUUAAUUGCGAUUCGCAUUGGAAUAAAGCUGACGAAAGUUUUGAAAUUCUGGAGAAAAUGUGCGAUAAAACAGCUUCCGAUCCUAAUAGCACACUCUUUGAAUACCUACACAGUGACCAUAAGGAACAAGUAUUGGCGGCGGCGAAGAAACGUAGCACAGAAGCCAUUGUUGAAGAGAAGAAUAUCGAUAGUGGUAAUGAACAUCAAUUAUUGGCAAAAUUUGGUGACUGCACACUGCUCGAUGAUGUGGAGGCUCCAUCACGGCUAUGGGAAAAUACUAUUGCCGUUGAUGCUGGCUUUCGCACUUCACCGGUUAAAAUGGUGGGUUUAAUGAGGCCUUCAACUAUAAUCGAGGAACCCAUCGAUGAGUCCAGAAAUUCGGACACAUCAUCGCAAGCCAGUUUCGAAACAGCCUCGAUAAAGGGAUUGAUAUCGAGCGAUAUUUCUAGUUCAUAUGAUACAGCACACGAAUCGACUAGUGCUAGCUCUCGUGCUGAGGUAUCGAACGAAUGCCGAGAAAUAAACGUCGACGAAAUGUUAACACAUGCCAUAAAUAAGACCAGAAUUGCUACAUUAAAUUUUGGUGUAUCGCAUGGUGUACCAUCUGAAACACAAGCAUUGAAAGCCGUAGAUUGUAGUGAUUGGAGCAAGUCCGAUGAAAACCCAGCCACCGUAGAAACAAUUGAUUUGGAAACCACUCUGAGUCCUCAGCAACAAGAACACGUAAAUUCGGUCAUAAUAAUUGAUGAGGAUAAAUGUGACAUCAACGAAGAUGCAGCAUUCGAUAAAGAUGAACGUGAUAUCAAUGAAAUUCUCGAUUCGGAUGAGGAAGACACUUCGGUAAUAGAUAUAAUUUCAGACGAAGAAGAGGAAAACUUGUUAUCUAAGCCACAUACAAAUAUAAAAUUCGAGCACAAUACUACCAAUGAAAGUUUAAAAAAAUUAUAUCAGGAAGAUAAGGAAAACUAUUCAUUUGAGUCAUCUUCGGAAAGAUCAAUCAAAUUCAACGAUACAAUGGAGGAAGUAGAGUACUUGCUUCAGAAAGGUAUGGAAUAUAUGGCUGCUAAAGAAUAUGUACCGAAGUCGAGUACGGAAAGUAAGAAGCCAUUAGCGUCAAUGGAUUUGCCAAAAACCCAGCCAAACUCACCAUCAGUUGAAGAGUCAAAACGGAUCUUUACAACCCAAUCCGAGACAAAAGCAAAAGUACCGAAAUCGUCCACAUUUAUAAAAUCAUCGAAUAAAAAUAUACAGCAAUCAUCUUCCAGUCGGUUCGCCCUUGACAUGCGACCCUUUCCGAAAUUGGAAAUAUUCGGUAAAAAUCAACAGUCAGUAGCUAACCAUCCUCGCCAGAAGGAACUUAGUAAUAAACAACAUUUUUCCCACAUCGUAAGUCCAGUGGGGGCAUACAUGAAAAAAACAGCCUCCACUCCCCUCAUGUCAACUGGCAAAAUGAAAAGCACAAAUGCAAAUGUACUUAAUUCAUCGGCAUUUCGAGAGCUGGAAUAUGAAUCUCGAUUGUGUCAGGCUAAAAUUGGCACGAACACAUCACUGGCAAACUCAACGAAUGGUGGACUGUCACCUUUACCUGGUUCGUUGAAUUCAAAAUCAACAUUGCCUAAAAAAGCGUAUAUUUCAUCGCAACUUAAACAUAUUGUUGAUGAACGCACUCCUGUCACCAUACCUGGCGGAAAAAAGAUUCAAAAGUACCUAGAAAAUGCAAUGAUGCCAGCUGUUCUAAGACACGAUGGAAAAAUCAAGAUGCCAGGGGGCAUAAGUAGUAAAACAACAAUGCCACCACCCCCAAUGCUCACGGUAUCGGCUGUUUCCGAAGCUAGAAUAUCAACAUCACAACCCAAUAACGCCAGUUUAGCUGACCUUUCAGUAAUGUCUGGCGACGUUUCAAUGUACACAAUUAUGGACGCACAGAAGUUUUAAGAGUUCGUCUAUAUUUAAACCGAUAUAAUAAUCGGUUGUAAGAGUUUAGUUUGCAUUGUAUAAUACAGUAAAUGCUUAUGUAUUAUUUUGCUUAUUCUUAUGUAUUAUUUUUAUAAAUGGUUCUCGGAGAAAUAAAAGAAAUUCAUAUCUGUUUUGUCUUAUUAUUAAUGAAUAAA